UCGGUUUAGCUGUUGGCGGUAAAGUUUGUUGUGUAACUUGAAUACAAGUACAAUAGAUAUUUCAUUAUAUUUUUUAGACCGAUGAGAAUUUUAUAAAUUUCAGUGAAAUGUUUUGUGAAAAGGCUUUCGAGUUAAUCAAAGAACUUCGUCGUUCACCCGAUUCAUUGCCUUUAUUUAACGACGAUGCAGUUCGGCAAGUAUUGGAAGAAAUGAGAGCUCUGUUUGAACAAAAUCAAAGAGAUGUAAAUGCUCAUAUAGGUGGAGAUGCAAGUUUCCUGUCUGGAGUUCACCUGCGUCAUACAGCUUUGGAAAGGAACAAAAGAUGUCUUCUGGCAUAUUUGUACAAUCGUCUAACAAGGAUACGACAGAUGAGGUGGGAAUUUGGAAGCAUACUGCCUCCUGAAGUCAAAUACAAUCUCUGUGAGCCUGAGAUUCUGUGGUUCAACAAAUACAGUAAGUGUCUUGCAAAUUACAUGAAGUCCAUUGGAGACAAUCAUGGCUUGAAUCUCACACAAGAUAGUAAACCUCCAAAAUCUCUUUACAUAGAGGUUCGUUGUCUGGUUGAUUAUGGCAAGUUUGAGUUGGAUGAUGGUGAAUCAAUACUGCUAAAGAAAAACAGUCAACAUCUAUUGCCUCGUGCUCAGUGUGAACCUCUCAUACGACAAGGCAUCCUCCAGCAUAUCACACAGUAAUGGACUGGUGCAGUCUGUGAAUUGCCAAGUGAAUACAUUUCUUAACACUCUCCCCAUGUCUCAGUUUCAUCGAGACCUUGCUGCAGCUUUCUGAGACAUAAUCUUUUUGCGGUCUGUUGUAUAUACAGGUGUCAUUCGUGAAGAGAUCUAGAUAAGACACCAGGUGAUUGGAGUGUAUCAUGUGGCAUGUAGACUCAUUGCUAGGCAAUGACUGCAAAAGAAGCAACAUAACAGGAACCAUUACUAAGUAACAGCUUUGCAAAGAAUAUCUUUCCAUGGCAGCAGCUGGAUACAAAAAUAGUGUGAAGCAGUGUUUUCUAUGCUGUAGUGAACUGUAAGUGUGAGAAUUAGUGAAAUGGUUGUAAUUACUUG